AUGGCUCAAACUACGAAAAAUUCCCCCGUCAACGAGACCUUGCCAACCUCCUCUGGCUCAUCGGCGGCAUCCUCCAUCUCUAAACCUAUCAAGGGCGUCUCGAAGCCGUGCUUCGGCUGUGGUUGUGGCGAUGAAGACUGCGAAUGUAUCUGCGUCGUCAUGUAA